GACGAGGGUUUUUUUCUUUUUCUGAAAAAUCAGUUGAGUCGACUCGUAGGGUAAUAACCUUUCUUUCCCUUGUAAUCUCAGAUCACUUCUACUUCAGUUCUACGAAGAUCAUCAAGAGUUUUCGUGUGAUCUAGUAUCACUUGCCACUAUGAAUUUAACUCACCAACCUUUUUUAUUUAUCCCUUUUUCUUCUUCUUCUUCUUCUCCUCCUCAUGAGCAUAAAAUUAUCAAUUAUCAGCAUCUUCUUCUUCUCCUCCCCUCCUCUCUGAGCAUCUCUACCCUAAUACUUGUCUUGUAAUGGAGAAUCUGAAAAUAAAAAGGCGGAACAAAACUGCAGAUGAAGUUAGGAUCUUAAUGCUAGCAUUUAGAGGUACAUUAUUUCUGCUUUUCAUUUUAAUUCUUAAUGUCUUGUUUGUUCAGAGAAUCCACUGUUGGAUUGGCAUAAAAAGAACGGUCUGCUGCAAAGUCGUUUGGAUAAGCUCAGUUGGACACAGAUACAAUCAUGGUGGAGUAGCUACACCAAAACGAGACAAAUUAGAAGAAGUACGGAUUCGGUUGUGUCGUUAUCGGGCCAUGGACACUUCAGACAUCCUAGGGUUCCUCUGUUGAAUUCACAACAAGAAGCAGCUUUUGACCCCGAAAUUGAGCGUUUGAAAGUGAAAUUGAAGGAAACUGAAGAUAAAUUGCAAGAUACAAGGGAAGAAUUACAAAAUACCAAAUGUCAGCUGAAAGAUAUGGAAGCUGAAUUUGAGUUUCUUAGUAAUACCAACACUGCUCUGCUGACCGUGGAGCGUGAAUGCAAUGCUGAGCUACAGGAGCUGUUUUCCUUUUGUCAAAUGAUGAUUUAUUAUUAUCGCUUCUGCCUUGUAGGAAUUGGAAGCACUACCACCUGCUAUGUUUGGAAUUGGGGUAAAGAGAAUGGGUGCUCUUGAAAGCCAGCUGUUCGUUGAAGCAUUUGAAAGGAAGUAUGGACCAGGUCGGUAUGAUGAUCAAGCUGCAAUGAUGUGCUCCAGGUGGGAGGGAUACCUCAAAGAUCCAAAUUGGCAUCCCUAUACAUAUAUCGAAGAGGGAAAUAGCAGACGGGUAGUUCCGAACGAAAAUGACAAAAGAUUGAGGAUGCUGAGGAGAGUUUAUGGUAGGAAGCUUUACAAUGCCGUAUCCACGGCCCUCAUGCAGAUCCACGAGUAUAAUCCCAGUGGGGGGGUACCCUAUUGCGGAAUUGUGGAACUUUAAGGACAACCGAAAAGCUACUUUGGCUGAAGCUUCCGAUGUCAUUGUGAAGCUAUUGAAAAGAGCUAGAAGACGACUAAGAGAUUUGCAUAGAUAGAUUACCAACAAAUUGGAAUUUUUACCACUGUUUUUAUUGUGAUGAAUGGGGUAUCUUAGAUCUAUAAUUAUUGUUUGGUAAAUGGAACUUCUGAACUAAUGGGUUGUUUUUAUAUGAAAUUGGGUUUGUCGGUA